AUGCAUCCAGCUUUCGGGAACGGGCGCAAACAACGACCGCAUCUACUCCCUUCUGCAUCGCUCGAGGGCCUGGAGAAAUUUGUGCAUCCGUCGCAGCCGUGGCCGGUGGACCAGAGUGACUCCUGGAAAUAUAAGCCUUUGCCCGAGCUGCCACGCCGGUCGUCAAGCGAAUACAGCCGAUCCGAAAAAAAUCUUGAACACACUCCAAACACCUAUCUCCGGAACGCACCCUCGUUGCGGAGUCGUGAUGCGUCCAGGCGAUACUAUCGAGGUCUGUAUCAUCAAGAAAGCCGUGCGCGCCACCGCACACCUGGAUCAAAUCGCAGAGAGCAAUCCCAACAAGCAUCGAUCGGCCACCGGGGACGGUGGAUAAUUCGUCAAACUUCGUCUCCAGUGCUCUCCCAUGAACCUCUAUGGGCGGACCCGAACUCCUACGCGGCGACAGAAUGGUUCUGGAUGCCCGAAGUCCCCGAGCACGGAGAGGGGGUAAUUUUCCAGCACGCGAAUGUCAGCGUCCCUGAAGUCCCGACAAUCGUCCCUCCGCCGUCGCCAAAAACGAUCGAUUCAAUCGACCCUUCGCUUAUUCCCCGGCCUCUCGGGAUCGAAACAGCCCUGGAGGAGACUGGGACAAAGCUCAAGGGGCAGUCAUCCGUCGUGACAAUCGCCAAUCCUGAUCAUGACAUUUGUCUUUGCCAUUCGCCUCACCCGCGGCACAAUAGAGUGGUGUCGAUAUCUCGCGUUGCGAAAGUCAGGUUGGCAGAGGAGAAGCUGUCGGAAUCUGAAGAAUCAGUGGACAUUGUCUUCCCAACCGAAGAUGAAGAUGUGCAAGACGCAACGGCCCCUACAAGCCCUGAAGAUGAAAAGGAAGAAGGGGUCAAGCGAAACAAGGCUGAAGACGACGAUAGGAGGUCAGUUCGAUCUGCGAGUCAAACCCUCACUAGACUUUACUCCUUCUCCUCCAGCACCAGUUGCGGACCCGUCGUUGAGAGGGAAGAAGCAGGGAGUUCUGGUACAUCGGAUAUGGAGCGUAGUAGAGGGCCGUUCCAGUCCUCGCAGCUCUCCCGGUCUUCCUCACUUCCGUCACCAUCUUUGCACCCCCGGCACCCGGCUCAAAAAAAGCAACUUGCCAUCCCACCAACCGACUAUCAAAAAUUCGGGCCGGAAGCCUGGUUGAGAGACAAACCCAAAUCCAAGGCUGCGGCUAGGCCCAAACCUAAGCUUAGAGACAAUGACAAUCACAAAAAUAAGGAUAGGGAUGAAGACAAAAACCAAGAUAGAGUCGGCCAAAGGCGACGUAUCAGUAAUCUACCACGUUUCAUCCGAAGAUUCCUCCCCAAGGCGUUCUCUUCUGAGCCUGUCGCCGAUCCUCCAUCACAGGCGCAACGGAGACAGCCGCUAAGACAGCCACAACAACAAAGACAACAACAACAACCGCCACGUCCUCCUCCACCGCCUCUUCCGCCAUCUAUAGCACGACCACAGGUACGCCCCCAGUCUCCCGCCAGUUACAACCCAUUCACGACACCCUGGACUCCCCCGUCCACGCGCCCUUAUAUAUCCCAAUAUCGCCCACGAAGCCAUAGAUCCCGCUCGAUCCGGAGCUCCAAACCUACACCGGAGGAAUGGCGUCCGCUCAAGGCUCCUAUCAGCGGAAGCAGCUGGCGAACAAGCUUCAACAAUACAUCGCAAGAGAAGUUAGGAUCUGCAGGGCCUGAACGGGCUAAAAGAAAAUCCAAGGUCAAAGAGAAAGACCCGCUAUUUGCGCCAGACCAGGUCCAAGAGAGGAUCGUCAUGAUGCGACCCGGGCCGGUGCAGAUUCGAGAUGAGAAUGGGGUGUAUUGGUUGUGA